AUGAAGAUGAGGAUGGCAAGAGUUCGGUACCACCGGUGUGCUCUGGUCAGUGCUGUGGCCUUCAUCCUCUGCUGUCUGAUGCUCAAGAUGUACCACCACCUGGUCUUCCCAUUGGACUCAAAAUGGUCCCAUUUCCACCAGAUAUACACACAUACAUGCCCUUUUUGGUCCAACAUAUCUCAUAAUGGCACUGCCUCACCACCAGCGGGCCUCUACACUGUCCAUUGGAACUUAACAUGCUCUGCCAAUGAUGGCACAGAGGUCAUUCCAUCACACCUGCCCCAGUCAUACCAGGAAUUCUUAGGCUACAGGCAUUGCCGAGCAUUCCCAAUCCUGCUGACCCCUUCGCCUUGCGAGGAUGACCUCUAUCUGUUGUUGGCCGUGAAGUCCACAGCUGUGAAUGUAGACCGCCGUGCUGCAUUGCGGGACACCUGGGGUCGCGCUGGUAGAAUCCAGGGUCGGCGAGUUAAGCUGGUCUUCCUGAUGGGCCGCUCACAAGACCAGGUUCCGGGUCACGACCUCCAGCAACUGCUGCAGUGGGAAAGCCGUUGCUAUAGGGACAUCUUGCAGUGGGACUUUGCUGACAUCUUCUUCAACCUGCCUCGGAAGGAGGUGGGAUUCCUCAGCUGGUUCUCUCGUAAGUGCAGCAGUGCGCAGUUUGCGUUCAAGGCCGACGACGACGUGUUUGUGAACUCAGGGAAUCUGGUUGAGUUCCUGACAGCCCACAAACCUGAGAAUCACCUGUUUGCUGGAUUCAUCCACAGCCCCGAGAUGCCUGUCCGAGACAGAAGCUCAAAGUAUUUUGUCCCUGUGGAGAUGUACCCCGAGGGGAAGCUCUAUCCACCCUUUCCAAGUGGUGGUGGAUAUCUGAUGUCACGGCAGACUAUGUUGGGACUGGAUGUGGCGGCCCAGAAGGUGAAGCUGUUCCCACUCGAUGAUGUCUUUCUGGGCUUGUGCUUGGAGCUAAUGGGUGUAAAGCUCACAAACCACAGCGGUUUUCUGACAUUCGGCAUCAGCGAUGACCUAAAUCUCCCCUGUGUUUAUCGUGAAAUCAUGCUGGUGCAUCAGAUGAACCCGGUAGAGAUGCGGGACAUGUGGUUGCGAAUGCAAGACAGUCCACCAUGUGGUAGUAGUGGGAAGAAACUUUGA